AUGUGUUUGAAGGAAGACAUUUUAGAGACUAGAUUUGGUAACCACAUACUAUUUUUCCAUUCAUCUGAUGUCAUAUGUUCUGGAUAUUCAUUGUCAUUGUCCGCAUCUUCUGGGAAAAAUGGCCCCAUCAAUGAGGGUUUAAUGUCAUCGACUGCCACGCGGUUCAAUGUUUUCUUCUUCCCUGCGUGCGCUAUAAAUAAGUGUAAUGGCGCAGUUCAUGUCUUCACAACAAGUUUUAGCAGGGAGAAAGAUCAAAAAUGGGAUCAGUUUGGGUUAGUUAUGCACCGGCGAGGAAGUACUUGGACGCCGACAGAACUCCGGCCCGACCGGGAGUCGGUGAUGGCGAUGGAUCCCAUACUCAUGCUGUCGAUCGGUGACGACGGUGGAGCUCAUCAUUAUGCAAUCGACGAGAGCCAACUGCCAGAGGAUGGAGCAUCGAGAUCCGAGCCCUCAGGAGCUCCGACUAAGCCACCGAUCAAUGACGGCGGUGGAGCUCAUCAUAAUGCAAUCGACGAGAGCCAACCACCGGCGGAUGGAGCGUCUAGAUCCGAUCUCUCAGGAGCUCCGACUAAGCCACCUAUCAAUGAGAACCAAUCGCUGGCGGAUGAAGCCUCGAGAUCCGAGCUCAUAGGAACUCCAACUAAGCCACAGAUCAAAGACGGCGGUGGAGCCAGUCAUCAUGCCAUAAACGAGAGCCAACAGCCCGCAGAAGAAGCCUUGAGAUCCAAAUGCUCGAGAACUCCGACUUCACCGCCGCCCAAAGACGGCAGUGGAGCUCGUCAUCAUGCUAUAGACGAGAGCCAAUCGUCGACGGAUGGAGCCUCGAGAUCCAAAUGCUCAAGAACUCCGACUUCGCCACCGUCCAAAGGCGGCGGUGGAGCUCAUCAUCAUGCAAAUAACAACUGCCAAUCUUCGGCGACUGGAGUCUUGAGAUCCAAACGCCCAAGAACUCCGCCUCCGCCGCCAAUCAAUGACGGCGGUGGAGCUCGUCAUCAUGCUAUAAAAGAGAGCCAACCGCCGACGGAUGGAGCCUCGAGAUCCAAAUGCUCAAGAACUCCGACUUCGCCACCGUCCAAAGACGACGGUGGAGCUCAUCAUCAUGCAAAUAACAACAGUCAAUCUUCGACAAAUGGAGUCUUGAGAUCCAAACGCCCAAGAACUCCGCCUCCGCCGCCAAUCAAUGAUGGUGGUGGAGCUCGUCAUCAUUGAUAAAGAAACCUCGAUAUAUAUAUCGCAAGGAGGUGGAGAGUUUAAAAUAAGGUAAAAAGAAUAAAUUUUAAAAUAAAUGUAUAGUCAGUUUGAUAGAUGUAAUUUUAUUUUAUAUUAAAUGUCAAAGAAAUAUAUAUUUUCUCUUCGUAGCUUAAGGUUUGUUUUUC